AACAAGGCUGUCGUUCGUAUUAGAUAAAAUAAAGGGUAAAAAUAAAAUAAUUUAAAAGGACAAGGGACCUUAAAUUAAUACCAGCGUCAAUCUCAAGGAUUAGAUUUAGAACCAUUUACAGUAUUACUUUAUUACGUUCAGACAAAACAAAAUAAUAACCCUUCACUGAAACACGAGCAAACUCUCUCUCUCUCUCUCUUUCUUCACUUAAUCUUCGUUAAAUUCGGCAAAUCUUUCUCUCUGUCUGAGUCAACAAGAGAAGAGAGAGAAAGAAAGAGUGAGCAGUGUGUUCUUCACUAUGGCUGAAGACAGAACUGACGAAGAGAAGCCUGAGACUUGCGAUAAUCGACUCCAAGAUCGGAUCCAUGGAGGGGCCUCUCCGGUUCAAUCGCCGACACGACUCGGCCCAACCCGGUUCUCUGAAGUAGCUGUAGACAAGAUUCGGAAUAGUGGGUCGGAUAUUAUCGGGUCGAUUUGGUCUUGGAUCAAUGGAGAUCCGAACCGGAAUUCGAAAAACCCGGUUAAGCGAGGAAAACGGAAGAGAAUUCGAACGGCCAAAACCGCCGUUGGAGUGAUCAUACUUGUGGGUUUCUUCAUUUUCGUCAAUUGGUUUAUGCUCUCUCAGCUCCACGAAGGUCGAGCUUGGCUUCGAAGAGGAUUCGCGAAAAACCGGAAUCCGAAACCGACCACGAAACCAAACCCGGAUCCGAAUCCGAGUGUGAAACGGGUAUCUGUGAAAGUGUCGGCGUCGGUACAGCAUGGAGUGAAGAAAAAGAUGGGAAAACCAAAGAAGCAAUAUAAUGGAACCUAUGGUAGACUGUUGGCUUUGGCUGCUCAUGCUUUGGCUGAGGGACAAAACAAAAUUGAGCCAAAAGAGUUGUGGCGAGAACCGAAGGAUCAAGCUUUGGCUUGGAAGCCUUGCGCUGAUCAACGUUCUUGGAAGCCCAACGACGGCAAAAAUGGAUAUAUAAUGGUAACUGCAAAUGGUGGAAUCAACCAACAGAGAGUUGCUAUUUGUAACAUCGUUGUUGUUGCACGCUUGCUCAAUGCGACACUCGUUGUUCCGAAAUUCAUGUUCAGCGAUGUUUGGACCGAUGCAAGUCAGUUUGGAGAUAUCUAUCAGGUGGAACAUUUCAUAAAGUAUCUCUCUCCUGAUAUUCGGAUUGUAAAGAAACUACCAAAGGAGCUUCAGUCUCUAGACCUUGAAGCUAUUGGCAGCGUUGUUACGGAUAUGGAUGUUGUGAAAGAAGCUAAGCCUGGGUUUUACAAGAAGCACAUUCUCCCUCUUCUUCAUAAGAACAGAGUAGUCCACUUCUUCGGAUUCGGAAACCGUUUAGCCUUUGAUCCGAUACCGUUUGAGUUACAGAGGCUGCGUUGUAGAUGUAACUUUCACGCGCUAAACUUCGUUCCAAAGAUUCAAGAAACGGGUGCGAUUCUCGUGAGGAGAUUACGCGACAGCGGAUCACACUUAGCACCUGUUGAUCCCUAUCUCGUCGGUCCGAAAUUCGCGUCCUUCAUAUUGGACAAGAAGGCAGGUCCUCUCCAUAAAGCUUCAAAGUAUCUAGCGGUACAUCUCAGGUUUGAGAUCGAUAUGGUGGCUCAUUCUCUUUGUUACUUCGGAGGAGGCGAUGCGGAGAAGACAGAGCUCGAUGCUUACCGGGAAAAGCACUUCCCCACGCUGGCAAAUCUAACAAAGACGAAAAAAAUGCCAUCUCCGGAAGAUUUGAGGACGGAAGGUCUUUGCCCGUUAUCACCUGAAGAAGCCGUGCUUAUGCUCGCGGGUCUAGGUUUCAACCGCAAGACCCGUGUUUUCGUGGCCGGAGCGAAUAUAUACGGUGGGACGAAACGGUUAGCCGCUUUAACUAGUCUCUACCCGAAUCUCGUCACCAAAGAGAAUGUACUCUCUGAAACAGAGCUAGAGCCUUUCAAGAACCACUCAUCUCAGCUAGCGGUUCUUGAUUUCAUCGCCUGCGCUGCAUCCGACGCCUUUGCGAUGACGGAUUCAGGGAGUCAAUUGUCGUCACUGGUCUCCGGUUACCGAAUUUAUUACGGAGCGGGGAAAAUGCCGACGAUCAGACCGAACAAACGGAGAUUCUCGGACAUAUUGUUGAAGAACAAUACGAUAGAGUGGAAAGUGUUCGAGCAGAGAGUGAGAAAAAACGUUAGGCAAACCAAACAUGUAUUGGUUAGACCAACGGGACGCAGCGUUUACCGUUACCCGAGAUGUAAAGAAUGUAUGUGUAAUGAAGAUUGAUAUUCUUUGUUCUACAUUGCGGUUUGGUUCGGUUCAGUUUUUUUGAAACGGUUUAGCUGAUUAUCAUAAUUUGUACGGAAUUUGUAGCGGCUACACAUUCGAGUUUACAUGUGUUACUAGUAUUUUGGUUCGGGGCUAUUUCGUUACUGGAAGUAGAAAUAUCAAAAAC